UCUCUACAUUUUUACUCCAUAGAAAUACUGACUUUGAAAAGUCCUAGGUAGAUCUCAUUCAUGACCGUCAACCUUAUUAAUGACUCGAAAAAGAAAGACUCAGGCUAGAACUACAACAAGGGGUGAUUGAACACGUGAUAUAUUGAUACAAUUGAACACAUAGUUACUAAUGUGACACAUAGCUACAAAUAGUUACACCGGAGCAGUAUUACAACUAUACUUACAGCUAGUUAGCUUGGCUCCACCCAUACUACACUUACAGCUAGUACUAGAAAGGAAGUAAAAAAAAAACAAACCGGCAUGAGUCGAUUCUCGAUAUCAAUCAUGGAAUGACUUUUGGCCUUCUUGACAAGUCUGAUACUUUUUUGAUUGCUCUUCACGCUUGGCGGAAAGUCAUUUCUAAAAAACUACCAUAACCCUGAGGAGCCUUAAAGAACUACCAUUUAAGCGUUAAUUCUACAUGGUUUUGCAUCAGUCUCUCUCUCUAUUCUCAGAUUAAUAGAAAAUAAGUAUUUCAGUUUCUUGAAGAUCCUUAUUCGUUUUUAUGAUGGUACCGAAUUACUUAUUCGAAAUAUUAUCGAUAUAUGUGUAGUUUCAGUGAAGUUAAGUGAAAGUCAUCAAAUAAUUCCAGUACGAACAUGGUCCGACAACAGAUCAUCAAUUGACAUCUCGAGAAGUACAAUUACAACACACAGCGAAGAUGGAUUAUGAUGUGGAAGAGGGAGAGCCGCGUGGCGGUAGUUCAUCUGGUCGUGUCCUCGAAGACCACUCAGGAGGUUCCCUACGAACCUCGCAUGAUGAAAAGGAAAAUCCGACUCCGCCAGGAAGGUCGAAAACUACUAGUAACUCUGUAUCGGCGCCUUCUCCAAUCGCCACUCGAAAAGCCUCACAGAAUGCCGAAAGCAGUACGGAUAGUUUCACGACCUUGAAUCAGAUACAGACGACUUGUUCCUACCAGUCUGCACAAAGUAGAGAUCCGAACUCGCAGACGAUGAACGGCAGAGAUGAUAAGAAUGACGGUAGUGGUCAGGCGCAUAGUGAGGAGAACCGUAGAGUCAGAAGUUGUGCAACCACAACGGCAUUCCCAAGGAGGCAUCAUCAAGCCCGUGCAGCGAUAAUUACGCCAAGUACAACAACAAGAACCUCUGUAACGCUAACGCCUUCCCCAGCGUCAAUGGUAUUACCGUCAAGUAUACGACAUGGUGGACGAACAUCGUUUCCUACGAUUCAUGAAGUGAUCGGCGAAGAGAGUUUGCUGCUUGAAGAAAGAGUAAAUUCGGAAGAUGGAGCGGAAUGCGAGCAGAAGGGUAUCAACGAAGACGCAGGCUCUCAAGCAGAGGAUGGUGAAGCUUUUCCACUCAGUCCACUUCAAGGAGUUCAUGAUAGCCCUGGUUCAUCAUCUGCUAAAGCUAAUGUGGUUUCUGACCUACCUGAAGGAGGACACGAUAAAUUCGCAAGCGGGUCUGCAUCUGGUGCAGUCGCUGGACCACAUCGGACUAAAAAUGCUGUUGCGGGUGUCCCCGAGAUUUUGAAACAGCAAGAAGAUGUUGAAGAUGUUGGUCAGCAUGUGGCAGAUCUCGGAGUCGGACAUCAACAGGAAGGUGCCAAUCCCCAAGUGCUAGUGUCCACUAUGGGUACGGGUUUGGAGCCGGCUUUUCAGCCUUUGGACCCUAAGCACAGAGGGAUUAUGGAAAGAGGGUGCACUAGCGACCUUGAGCGCGAACGGGACAGUAAAGCAAACGGAAAUGGUGCUGGAUCUACGAGACGCACUAAAAAAGCACUAAAAACUUGCAAAAAGCACGCUCCUCUCGGAUCUUGGGUACGGAUUAGCGGCACCGAAGUUUGUCUAGUGGAAUAUGUGGGCAGUGGAGGCAGCGCUGACGUUUAUCGUUGUGUGGAAGAAGUGGCGGUCGCUCCGACUGAAACAGCAGUGUCGACUGUCCAGGGAACGUGCACCUCAAAAAGCGUGCAGCACGACCAUUACCUGAGCGCCAUCAAGUACCGCUAUUACGCGCUGAAGAUCGUGUUUGCUAGGGACUUGGCACAACUACGCGCUUUGGAGAGCGAAGUUUCGUUGCUGAGGGAACUGCAGAGCUGUGAACACGUGAUCCGCUUUUUCGGAGCAGAAUUGGAUGAAAAAAGUUUGACAAUCCUAAUUCUGCUGGAGAACGGAGAUCAAGACUUAAGAACGCACUUGCAGGAACGGAAGGCGAAGGCGGAGAUGGAGCGAGAGGAAGUGAUCGAGGUUGUCGAUGAUAAGGACACGAGCGAUGAGCCGCAACAGCGACCACUUCCGCACGUGGUUGCAGGUGUUUAUCACGAAGAAUCAAAUGCGGUAAAAAUGAUAAACACUCACGAUUUAUUAGCCACAACCACUGAAUCCUCUUCCUCAUCCUCAUCUUCUGUCCCAACACCAACAACUUUACCGCUACGAGAAGUUGCGGCAUUGUGGCAACACAUGGUUGACGGCGUUGCCGAAGUGCAUGCUAGGGACCUAGUGCAUUUCGACGUGAAGCCUGCCAACUUCCUAUUGUGUAAUGGGAGAGUAAAACUGGCGGAUUUUGGUCUAGCUAGGGGUUUCGAGGACAGCGAAAGGACGCAUAUCUCAAGGCACAGGCAGUGUGGGACGCCAGGGUACUGUUUACAUUCUUGUUUAUUUCACACCAAGAAGAUACAUCAUUUACAUGUUAUUUGAGACUUUAUCUACUAUUCGUGUUUUCACUCUGGUAACUACCCAGGCAGUUUGGAGGCGAACAACUCGUUUUCAUUUCAACGCCACUUCUAACAACGAACUCGUUUCCCAACAAAGGUACAUGGCACCAGAAGCUUACUGGCAACCUGAGUGCGGAGCCGGUGCUAUGAGGCUCCGACCCCAAGCCGAUAUUUGGUCUUUGGGAAUUAUCUUGUAUCAGCUCUUAUUCGAUCGCACACCUUUCGAACACUUAGAACAGUGCGGCAGAAGACUGCACUUCGCAGUUGCCGAUCCUAGAGUCGAGAUUAUCUUCCCAGACUCUAAGAGAUACCGUGCUGAGGACCCUCGUCUAUUUGGACAUCUUUCGCAUUUGUUGCAAAGGUGUCUACAACGGGACUGGAGAAAGAGAUGGACCAGUCAGCGAUUGAGGAAAGAACUAGCAAGAAUCGACGUUCACAUGGAAAAAACUCCUAAUGUGAGCAUACGAGCUGUUCUGGGACCACGUAGUAUGUCCAAGAGUGGUGGGCUAGCGAGUACGACUGCCGGCACCAGCACGCUAGUGGGGAGUAAUGUCUCUACCGGUGCAGUCGCCAGUUGGAAUCUUCCGAAUAGGCACGUAGGACAACCGAGUGUAGUGUUGCCUAACAUGAUCCACCAUACACCUAUUAGUGUAGCACAACCUUUAUUUCUUCAGCCCACAAGUUCUGGAGGCUUCUCAGGGGUAACCAAACGAGCGCAGCUUCGUGGUAAUCAGCAGCAAGACCAGAUGAACGUGCGACAACAACAGAAUGGCAGUGAGACAACAACAUCAUUAAAAAGUUUAAACGGAACAACUGCAACUGGCAAUUGUGAAGUUUCUACUACAGGAGAAGGCCUCAUGUCGUCGAAAAGGAUAAGUCGAUGCGAUCUAUUGCCUUGUCCCUCAACUUUGCUUCCUGAGGAUGGCUUGCAAGGAGAGUGCUUUGGUGCUAAGCAUGAUAGUACUAAAUCCCUAACUCCUGUAGCCGGAAAUAACGGAGGUAAUGGAACUGUCUCUACGUCCUCCAGAAAGAGAUCUUCUUCUUCACGACAAGGAUCUUCCAGACAGAUGUCCUCCAAUAUCUUGCCUUCGUCUUCUUGUAGUAGUGUCCGACUGGUGCCUUCUCCUCCGGCGGAUUUCAUCGCCGGCGGCCCGUUGUUGCCAAGGAGGGGCUCCCACAGCGAAGCGACGUCAGACGAGUCUGAUGAUGAUGAAACGGAUCAAAAUCAUCGAGAGACUGGAAGUAGUACUCUGGACUCUGAUCUUGUGCCGAUCAGUCGAUCUGAGAUCUAUGGGAGUUCGUGUCGGAACAUGCAGCUCCCAGCUGGACUUUACAGCUUUAGCCGCUUUGUUGAACAUGGUGAACAGCAGCCACUGUUGGUAGACGAAGCUGCGGAAAAGGAAGGAGGAGAAGAUGGUGAACGCCAGCCACUGUUGGUACAGGCAUCCUCUACUAUAGCUACUGUUGACAAAGAAGCGUUGAAUAGAAGCAGUUGGAGGAGGCGCACAAUCUGGAUUGUAGGCGGCGUUGUUGCUGCUGUGGCUGUAUGCGGCGGCGGCGUGAUCGCACUAGCCUUUGGCCCACGGAAGGCAUCAUCAAACUCUCCUCGAGAGGAGCAGAAUAGCAACAAUUCAUCUAGUAGGAGCAGUCCAAGCGAAGCUUCCUCGUCCAGUCGUAACGUUAAUUCAUCUAGUUCCGCUAAUGCUCUAGUCUCCCCUAACUACCAGAAUCCUUCCAGUGGUGUAUCCGCAGUAGGUAAUGGUCAGUUUCUAGGGAGAGGUGGUUCUUCUCCUGCUGGUACUAACGUAGGUGGCUCUGCUUUUUCAGGUGGCAGUGGGUCUUUCUCA